AUGUCUCAAGCUUUCGGCUGCCCUACUCCCUAUGCGGAGCCAUUGUGGUAUUCGAGGAACGUUUCACCUCAUUAUACAGACUCACACCGCAAGCUUCGAGCAGCUGCCUUCAAACGCCAUGCCGAGCUUGGAUAUUUAGCCUUAAGCACUGGACUGUCGAAUGUACCAUUACCCGGAGGGAUCCCUUUUGAGGAGUGGGAUUCAUGGCAUACCCUCAUCGUAUCUGAUGAGCUCACCAGAGUCGGUUACACUGGUGUUAGCUGGGGCCUCGGCGGAGGGAACGGAAUCGGUGUUCCCCCUAUUGUGAACUUUGGUACCCAAGCUUUGAAAGACAAAUUCCUACCUGGUGUAGCUGACGGCAGUAUCCGUUUCUGUCUCGGAAUUACGGAGCCUGAUGCUGGAUCCGAUGUGGCAAAUAUCAAGACCACAGCAAUCCGGAAAGGGGACCAAUAUAUUGUCAAUGGCUCGAAGAAGUGGAUAACCAACGGCAUUUGGGCAGACUAUGUAACAGCUGCAGUGCGAACAGGUGGUCCUGGCGCCACAGGAAUUUCCUUGUUGAUUAUCCCCCUCGCCGCCCCCGGUGUCUCGAGACGUCUGAUGCAUAAUUCCGGGGUCGGUGCAUCAGGAAGCACAUUCAUCACACUUGACGAUGUCUCCGUUCCUGUCUCUAAUCUCAUCCAUAAAGAAAAUCGUGGAUUUGAAGUUAUUAUGUCGAACUUCAAUGCGGAGAGAAAGGCUAUUGCCACACAAUCGAUCAGGCUGAGUAGGGUUUGUGUCGAGGAUGCUUGGCAGCAUGCUUGUACCAGAGAGACCUUUGGCAAGAAGCUGAUUGAAAAUCCGAUUAUCAGAGCUAAAUUCGUGAAAAUGGGGAGGAUGAUCGAGCCUGCUCAGGCAUUUCUAGAGCAGUUGACCUGGCUGAUUGAGCUGGAGCGGAAAAACGAAGGGAAUGGCGCUUCUGAUGUUCGUAUCGGUGGAAUGACUGCUAUGCUGAAGGUCGUCAGUACGAGAUGCUUGGAAAAGUGCGUGAGGGAAGCUCAGCAGGUUAUGGGUGGCCUUGGAUACGCGAGGGGUGGGAAAGGGGGAAGGAUUGAAGCCAUCUCUCGAGAUGUGAGGGUUAUGGCAGUCGGCGGUGGAAGUGAAGAGAUCAUGAGCGAGCUAGCUAUCAGAGAGGAGACGAAGGACCUGAGGAAGUAUUCGAAACCUCCGAGUAAACUAUAA